GUUGCCAGGUCCGCCAUUAAAAUUUUAGAAAUUCCAACCAAAAUAUGGGCUUAUUAGCCUAGUUGAACAAUUUGAAGUCUUUCGUUUCAAUAAUAUUGUAGGACAGCAGCGGUUAUGGUUAGAAUGGGUAGUGGUGCAAGUUCUAACGUAAAAAAGAUCGAAAUCGAUCAAGAUAAUGAUGAGUUUGCCAGGCCAAGAAGCAGCAAAAAGAAGGCUGGAAAAGCAGCAAAAGAUGAAUUAGACCAGACCUUAGGUUUGCUGGAGAAGUGCAGAGCUUCCUUGUCUGAGGAGGAGAGGAGAUCCAACACCUUGCAGUCCCAGACCAAAGACUUGCAAAUCCAGUUGUCAGAAAUAGAAAGCACAAACCUUGACCUGAAAGAAGAGAUCCAAAGAUUGGAGGAGAGACUUGAAUAUAUGAACAAUCAGAACCAGCUCCAGGAGGACAAGGAAUGUCCUGAAUCUAUGCAGAUAAAGGAUCAGUACAUUGAGAAACUAGAGACAAAAACAAAACUGAUACAAGAGGAAACAGAUCAACUGAAAGCCAGAUUCAAGAAGAAAAUCAAGAAGGUUGGAACUCAGCUGGCUGAGACAAAGCAAGAAUCAACAUUGAAGAUAUUUGAACUGAAGGAUGAAAUAACAAGACUUGCCAAUGAAAAUGCUCAACUCUUAGAGAGGCUUUCACAUGCUGGACAUGAAAACUCUCCUAGAGAUGUUGAACCAAAAUCAUCAGAAGAAGACAAUAAGUCUACAUUUCUAGUUUUAGAGCUUUCUAGACAAAUAAGCGAUCAAGAUUCCAAGAUAUGUACUCUUGAACAAAAUCUUAAGGAAAAGGAUAAGAUAAUUAAAGACCUUAAAAUGAAACUAAAGACUGCUCUUAAUCCCCCAAAGGAAACUAAACCUGAGAUAAAUGGUGCUAUGAUAUCAUAUGGGGCAGAGGAGAAUGAAAAAGAAUCUGAGGAGUAUCUUGAGUUGAAGAAAAUUGCAAAAGACAUUAAGAAAUACCAUAAAAAGAAAAGGAAGGAAAAGGUCAGGAAUUUUGAUGAUUUCCGGGAAUCAUCAAGUAAAAGUCGAGAUUCAGGAAUUCUUGAUGAGGAUGAGCCAGGAUAUAGGCAUAUUUCUCACCACAGUGCCAGAUCCCAGCGCCUUACAUCAGCCACAAGUACAGUGUCUCGUAUAUCUCUUAGCUCAACAGCCAUAGACAGUGAAAGUGAUGCAGUAUCCCAAUCAUCUGUUAGGGAGAUCAGAAAUGAAGGGGAGGCUUCAGCACGUAGCUCUGCAAGGGAACGCAGAAGUGCAAAUAGAACUAAAGACCGAAGCUCAAAAUCUAACCUAAACAACACUCAAAACGGAUCACAAAGAUAUUCUCAAGUGUUGAAUGGAAUGGGAGAAUCAUCUCAAAAUGAGGUGGGUUCUCCCACUAUGUUAGAAGGGAAUGACUCAUUAACAAUGAAAAAUGAUAUAGAUCAAAUAUUCAGAACAGUCCCAGUCACUUAAACAUCUCAUGGGGAACUGUUUUUAUUCCCUUGAUAUGACUAUAUUUUGUGAACAAAAUUCAAAUGGUUCAAACCCUAUUUUAUCAAAAUAUUUCAAACUAUUUUGGGAAUUUUUUAACAUUCUGGGUUUCAUCCUGGGCUUUCACUUUUUCUAUAUCAUGAAUCAUCUUUUCAAAAUAUUAUGUUCAUGAAAAUUAAAUGCUAUUAAAGUAGCCUACUAGGUUUAAUAUUUGUCAUUGUUCUAUGGAGGAUUCUACCUAAACUUCUAACUGGUUCCAACAUACAUGUUAAAAAUUAAAUAAAUGUAUGAUUGAAUUUGUAGAAUGUUUGUUUUGUAUUGUACAUCAGUAUUAAUAAUUUAAAAUGCUUUAUUUUAAAAUAUGUAGAGGUACUGGAUUGUAAGACCAAGCUACACGAUGAACUGAAAUAUAUAUUUCG